UGUUUUUUUAACACAGCAGAGGAUCCAUCCCCUGCCAUCAACAUAUAUUUUGCUCACAUUGAGCUGAGAGAGACGCAAUGGCGGAAAGUUCAGCUACCUCCGCAGAGAGCGACGCAAUGGAAGCUCAAGCUCCGCUACUAGUCAACGCCGUCAGGGGAUGCGUCGACUUCAAAGGCCGCCGCGUUCUCCACUCCAAAUCCGGAUGCUGGAAAUCCGCUUCCUUCAUCAUAGGCGUUGAAAUGGCGGAGAGAUUCGCUUACUACGGAAUCAGUUCAAAUAUGGUUACCUAUCUAACCGGCCCGCUAGGCCAAUCCACAGCCGCCGCCGCGGCGAACGUCAACGCGUGGGCAGGGACGUCGGCACUCACGCCGUUGCUCGGCGCUUUCGUCGCCGAUUCGUAUCUCGGAAGAUAUUGGACGAUUAUCGCCGCCUCUGUCCUAUACAUCCUGGGAUUAGGUUCACUGUCUGUAUCAGCAGCUCUCAAUCCGUCCGAUUCGUCGUCUCCUCCGUUAAUUGAUGUGAUUUUCUUCUUCUUCGCGUUGUAUUUAAUUGCGUUUGCAGUAGGCGGCCACAAGCCUUGCUUGCAGGCGUUCGGAGCUGACCAAUUUGAUGAUGAGAAUGAGAAAGAGCUCCAAUCGAAGAGCUCAUUCUUCAAUUGGUGGAAUUUUUGCUUGUGUGUUAGCACUCUGGUAGGUUUAUUGGCCUUGACCUACAUUCAAGAGAAUCUAAGCUGGGAGCUAGGCUUUGGAAUCCCCUGCAUUGUCAUGUGUUUUUCCCUAUUUGUUUUCGUGUUUGGGAUUGGCACAUACCGAUUCCGCGUGAAGAGUGAUCAGAGGAAUCCAUUUGUGCGAAUCACUCGUGUUUUCGUGAGAGCUCUGAAAAACCGACGUGCUUCCUCCCCUGAAGGUGUUGCUAUUGAGGAGGAAGUAGCUCACUUUAGAUUUCUUGAUCAAGCAUCACUAGAGAGUAAUGGUGAGGAAGCUUGCAGCAUGAAUGAUGUUGAAGAUGCAAAGGCAAUCCUAAAGCUUCUCCCAAUAUAUUUGGCAUGUCUUCCUUUCGGCGUUGUCUAUCAACAAUCCGCAACUCUGUUCACCAAGCAAGGAGUCACGAUGGACCGUCACGUGACCAGCAAUUUCCAGAUACCAGCUGCCGCCCUUCAGGUCUUCACGGCCAGCUCCAUCAUCCUCUUCGUUCCACUCUACGAAGCCGUACUAAUCCCCUUAGCCAGAGCCAUUAGCCACAAACCGACCGGCAUAUCACUCCUCCAAAGGAUAGGAACCGGCCUAGUUCUUGGCGUAGUUUGUAUGGUCGUUGCAGGCUUUACUGAGCGUAAACGCUUGGAGACUGCUCUUGAGCACGGCCUGGUCGACUCUCCUGAGGAGACCGUGCCAAUGAGCGCGUGGUGGCUGAUUCCUCAGUACUUGGUUAUGGGGGUUGCGGAUGUGCUGACCUUCGUUGGCCUUCAGGAAUUCUUCUAUGAUCAAGUCCCCGGUGAGCUGAAAAGUUUGGGAAUUGCUCUGUCGUUUGCUGUGGUCGGCAUUGGUGGUUUCUUGAGCAGUUUCUUGGUGUCCGUCGUGGAUAAGGCCACGGGUGGAGACGGCCGAGAUAGUUGGUUGUCGGAUAACUUGAACCGGGGCCAUCUUGACUACUUCUAUUGGUUGUUGGCCUUGCUUAAUGCAGUGUCUGUAGCCUUGUACAUCUAUUUUGCAAAGUCUUUUGUGUAUAGCAAAAGAAUCACUGUUUGAAAAUAUAUGUGAAGUCUAGCCCAAAAAUCAUUUGUGUUCAACUAUGAUUUUAUUUAGUUUAGAAAUAUUUUACUCCACUUCAAUA